AUGGCUGCUCCUGCUACUUCAGAAACCAGUGAAGGACCGGUCCUGGCUUUCAUCAACAAGCGUCUCCGUGCCCUCCGCAAAAAACAAAACCGAAUCACUCAGAUGGAAGAAUCGAUCUCUCAGGGGAAAACCCUAAACAAGGAGCAGGAGGAAGUCCUCCGCUCGAAACCAGCCGUCCUCAUCCUCAUCGAAGAGCUCGACAAGCUCCGUGCUCCUCUCUCCGCCGCCGUCUCAGAAGAAAUCAGCCUCGCCACUAAGCACAUCCGAGCUUCACCCGAUCAAUCCACCGCCGUUGCCGCCGAGGAAAACGAUGUCGCAGCUGAGCCUCCUCGGGAAGCCAGCAGCACAGACGGCGGCUCCAAGCUCGAGCUCGAGGAUUUGGUGAACAUUUUGUAUUUCGGUUCGCUGUUCGAUGUGAAGUCGCAGAACGAGUUCACUUCGACAAUGUUGACGAGGACGCACGAGAGAGGAUGCUGCUUGACUUACGAUUACGUGACCGACGACGCGACGGAUCUGCUCGGCGAUCGCGAUUUGGAUUCGAUUUCCAAGCUCUGGAGCUUGAUGAUCUCUCGCCCUGUGGAUUCGAGCCUGUCUCACAAGAACGCGUUGGAGCGUUGCAUUGAGCACGCCAAGUUGUGGCUCUCUAACUCGGAUCAGCUAAUUGAAUCCAACUGCGACGUCUCGUAUGCUGGUUUGAGAGAGAAGUUGAAGAAGAUAAUGGCUUCUGAUUACUUCACUACUACCCCGGAGAUGAAAGCUCCCAUUGAAGUGGCGGCUGCUGCUGGAAACUACGCUUCAAUUGAAUCUGCAGCUGGGCACUACCAGCAAAAGGAAGAAGAUGCAUCAAACGGCAAAGAACAAGAAUCAGUUGGUAAUGAUCAGUCUCUACAGGAUGAGCAACAAAAGGAUCGGUCAGUGACAGCGGAAGGAGAGGUGGUACAGGGACAAGAGGAACAAGGCUACACUCAGGUGGGAGGAGAGAACGCUAGAAGAGGAGACUCUGAGCAACAGUAUGUGCCGCGUGGUUCUUACCAGAACCAGAGAGGCCGCCGAGGUGUUCGAAGAGGCUACUCCAAUGGCCGGGGAGGUCGAGGAGGUGGUGGUUAUCCGAAUGGUAAUGGUAAUUCCGGUGGAAACGGUUACCCAAGAAGCUACUACAGCAACAGAGGAAGGGGACGUGGCGGUGGUAAUGGUGGUGGAGGAAAUGGCCAUUCAUACAACAACAACCACCAAGACUCUGCUGCUCCUGUUGCUUCUUAG